GCCCCUGCGCGCGCACAGAAGAGUUUUCGUCUCCGUGCUGCUCUGUUGGAUUUUUUCAUCAGGAUGACUUCCUGUCUGUCAGUCCUCUUUGUCUUCUCUUCGUUUUCCUGCAUUACUGCAGCUGAACACGCUGGCUGUAAAAUCCGCAUCACUGACAAAGGCCUGGACAUGUUGAAGGUCGAGACUGAGAAGUUUGUCGAGGAGGAACUCAGUAACAUCACCAUGCCAGAGAUGACGGGCAAAGAAGGACGCUUCCAAUACACCAUUACUGAUGUGAAGAUCAUGGAAUUGAAUCUGACUCAUGCUGGACUCCGUUUUUUGCCAGAUGUUGGUUUGCUGUUUGAUGUUCAGAACUCGUCCAUUGCUCUCAGCUUCCACAGAAAAAUCCUCUACUGGUUCUUUUAUGAUACAGGAAACGUUAAUGCAUCAGCAGAAGGAGUGAACAUCCACACGGCUCUGAAUCUGGUCCGGGAUGAAGACGGGCGGCUGAAGAUCAGCAACAUCACCUGUGAUGCCAAAAUUGCCAAGAUGAGGGCAAAAUUCAGUGGCACUCUUGGGAAGGUUUAUGGUUUUCUAUCAACAUACGUGACGACAGGCAUGCGAUUUCUUCUCAACCAGAAGAUCUGUCCUGCUCUGCAUCACGCUGCUCUUGUUCAAAUUAAUUCGAUGUUGGAGACGAUUCCUGUGAGGACGACUGUCGAUCAGUUCAUCGGCAUUGACUAUUCUCUGCUCAGUGACCCCGUGGUGACCUCCAGGAGCCUUGACAUGCAUUUCAGAGGCAUGUUUUUUCAAAUUGCAGAUGAGAACAGGACUUUAGUGAACUCAGCGGUCGAUCCGGUCAUCAGAGAAUUUGACAGGAUGGUGUAUCUGGCUCUCUCAGAGUUUUUUUUCGACAGUGGGAUGUUCUCAUACUUCAAAGCAGGAAUCUUCCAGAUGCACAUUGUCAACGAGGAGAUGCCGAAAGAUUUGGAGAUGUUGUUGAGAACUACCUACUUUGGCGCCAUAAUGAUGUUGAACCCGGCACUUGUUGAUGCACCAGUUGCUCUGCGGCUUGCCGUCACAGCACCUCCAAAAUCCACCAUCAAAACCUCUGGAGCAACUGUUGCUGUGAUGGCCAUUGUUAAGGUGAUGGUGUUGCCUCCUGGCAAGCGCCCGGUCCAGCUCACCAGCAUGACAAUG